GUCACGUUCUUUCCAAGUAGUUAAAGCCUCUUUUGCACAGAGCACGCCAGAGGCUUUCUCAACCGUCCAUUAAAGAUGGCAUCUUUAACCGUACUCCAUGCGAAAGCUUCUCUUCUCUGCUCCACUCCCUCCUCUUCCCAUCUCGAAUUCAAAUUUCCCUCUAAAUUACAACGGUCUUAUCUCUCAACGGUCAAAUUUAGAGCCAAACCUCUCCAAGCUUGCCUUAUUCCAGCCACUGGCGAUGAUGAUUCUGGCGAGAAUCUUGACUGGGUUUGUAAUAGGAGGAGAAUCCUCAUCUGUGUAUCCACACUACCUUUUCUACAUCAUUUGCGUGAAUCCUUAGAGGGCUUUAGUGCUGAGGCAGCCGAGUUGGAUACGACUACAUAUGUGCUUAUGAAGGAAGAAGUAAGGAAGGUGGUGUCCAAAGGCAAGGCCGCUGGCGUACUUCGUCUUGUUUUUCAUGACGCCGGAACCUUUGAAACGGUUGGGAAUUCAGGGGGUAUGAAUGGUUCUAUAGUUUUUGAACUUGAUAGACCUGAAAAUGCAGGUCUAAAGAAAUCUUUGAAGAUUCUUGAGAAGGCAAAGAUCGAAGUGGAUGCAAAACAAUCAGUAUCCUGGGCAGAUAUGAUUGCUGUCGCUGGAGCUGAGGCCGUUUCAGUUUGUGGAGGUCCAACAAUCCCAGUAAUAUUGGGAAGACUAGAUUCAGCGGAGCCUGAUGCUGAAGGCAAACUUCCUGAAGAGUCUCUGGGUGCUUCUAGUUUGAAGCAAUGUUUUCAAAGAAAAGGCUUGUCAACACGAGAACUUGUUGCAUUGUCUGGAGCUCAUACUAUUGGGAGUAAAGGCUUUGGAAAUCCAACUGUUUUUGACAAUUCAUACUAUAAAAUUCUUUUGGAAAAGCCAUGGAUGUCUUCAGCUGGAAUGUCAAGCAUGAUUGGACUUCCUUCAGAUCGUGCACUUGUUGAGGACGAUGAAUGCUUAAGAUGGAUCAAAAAGUAUGCUGAUGAUCAAGAUAUUUUCUUCGAUGAUUUCAAGAAUGCGUAUAUUAAACUUGUGAAUUCUGGUGCAAGAUGGAAAAGCUUGUGAUACCUUUUUUAAAGUUUUCUUUUCUUUUAUUUCUGUUAGAUUUUGGUUGCAUCUAGUGAAAAAGAAUACAGGUUCAUUAAAAUUGUAAUUUCAACUGCAUUUAUUUUGAAUGAAAAGAGAUACAUGUGUUGGGAGACCUAUUUUCUGGA